UUUAAAUACAGCUUUGGGAGUUUUUGGUCACGUGAGUCCUGGGUCUUCAACCUGUCCUCUUGCAGCCGCCCGUCAGCACUCACCAAAUCCCAAAGGAUGGCAGAAGAUCCCAUGUCGUGUGACUGUUUUGUUUCAUUGCCCCCUGGCUCUCUUGAUGACCACGUCAUUUUUGGGAAGAACUCUGACCGUCCCCGAGAUGAGGUGCAGGAGGUGGUCCACUACCCACCAACCUCUCACCCUCUGGGGAUCAUGCUGGAGUGUACUUAUAUAGAGAUCCCUCAGGUAGAGCAGACACAUGCUGUCAUCCUUAGUAAACCAGCUUGGAUGUGGGGAGCUGAAAUGGGAGCAAACGAUCAGGGAGUUUGUAUAGGGAAUGAGGCAGUCUGGACUCGAGAGGCUGUCACUUCAGGAGAGGCUUUGCUGGGAAUGGAUCUUGUGAGGCUAGGCUUGGAGCGUGGUGACAGUGCAUUGGGAGCGGUCACUGUCAUCACUGGCCUGCUGGAGCGGCAUGGACAAGGGGGUCAAUGCAGGGAGGAUCCAGAACCUUUAAGCUACCACAACACCUUCCUUUUGGUGGAUCGAAAUGAAGCUUGGGUCCUGGAAACAGCUGGAAGACUAUGGGUUGCACAAAAGAUCUCAGAGGGAGUGACGAACAUCUCUAACCAAUUGACCAUUGGGACUGAGAUUACCACAGAGCAUCCGGAGCUGCGGAGCGUGGCCCAGGCACAGGGCUGGUGGGAUGGUGUAGGAGAGUUCAACUUCUCAAAAGUGUUCAGCCCUGUGAAACAACCCGUCAGGAUGGAGCUUGCCAAGAAGCGCUAUAAGGGGGGUGCAGAGCUACUACAGCAACAAGACGGCUCUGUGACAGCAGAAGUGAUAAUGUCUAUUCUGAGGGACAAGUCCAGCGGCAUCUGCAUGGAUUCUGGUGGUUUUUGCACCACAGGCAGUAUGGUGUCUAUUCUGCCCAGAGAUACGAACCUGCCCUGCAUCCACUUCUUCACUGCAACUCCAGACCCCUCCCGGUCCAUAUUCAAGCCUUAUAUAUUCUCUGAGAACUACACCCCUGUGCCCAUGGUAAUCUCCCCUCACUUUGGCCCCGAUGAUCCUGCAAAGAAGCAGCCGCGCUUUCAGGACCAGGUGGACCGCAGACAUGACCUUUACAAGGCUCACCAGGAGUCACUGAACACAAUGAAGACUGACCCGGACAAGGUCUUAGCUAACUAUAAGAUUCUGAGGGACCUCGAGUCACAAUGUCUGAGUGAGAUUUCAGCCAUGUUGAGUGGAGAGAAACCUGGCGAUGAACUGGGAAACUUAUUUUUUGAUUGUGUGGACACAGAGAUCAAGUUCUAUCAGUGACAUUUGGGAGAACUGGUUGGUUUGAAAAUUGCUGUGGUUCAACAACUUACCUUAUAGUACUUAAAAAUAGAAUCUUAUCUUAAUCAAUUAACUGUGGACAUUUAGUUAUUUAUGAAUGACAACAGUAAAGAACAUAAAGAACACUGAAUGAAUGAAUGGUUAUUUCAAGUUGGAACAGUUUAGUCAAGUUGAAAGGUCAGAGUUUGUGGUUUCAGUGGCUUAUUUGCCCCAUGUACAUGAAACUCCUGUAUGAUGAUCAACUGUUUUUUCAUACAGUAGUCUCAACAGAUUGUUCCUUGUAAACAGAGAAUGGCAAUAAAUGCCACAGAAGGACUCUUGGAACAGUUAUCCUCCAAUAUGCCUUUACCUCACUGCACACAUCGCUGAUACCAUUAUAUGAAUAAUUAGGACAAAGGGGUUUGUUUCAUGACUGGUGUAAAUCCAGCACUGUGGGCAGUUCAAGACUCUGUAGAGGCAGCAUAGCUUUUGCUGUUAAACUUCUUCGAGGUGGUCCCAUCCUCCCCGUUUUGUUAAUUUCACGGUAAUAGUAAAAAGGCAUGUUUAAAAGAGUGAAGGUCUGUGCUGCUGUGGGUGCGAUCACAGCAGAUUUCGCUCAUGUCCAAUUAAAGUGGCUACUUUCAUUCCCUUUAAAUGCGGCAGACUCACAUACUCACUGAUAGAGAUCUCUGUGUGGAGGAGAACAAUGAAUGCCUAAUCGCAGUAAUUCAUGCAUGAUUGAAGCAUUGUCACGGCUUUUGGUCGGUGUGGCAAUAGACAAUGUGAGUGGGUACCCUUAUUAAAAACAAAAUAAGUUGGUGCUAACUGCUGUAGAUUUAAAUAUGUUUGUGGAGCUCAUGUACUAUUACCACCCCCAAUGAUUCGUGUGCCCGCCCCCCCAUAGCCGUCCUAGCCUGCCACAUGAUUUCAAAUAUAUGAUGAUGAUAAUAGUACUACCACUACUAAUACGGCUGCUACUAAAACAGUGGUGCCUCUACUUACGAACAUCUCUAAGAAUGAAAAAUUUCAGGUUACAUAAUGCCUGCUAGGAAAAAUAAUGUCUAGUUAGAAAGGAAAAUUCAGUAUUUGAAAGGAAAAAAUAGCUGGUAGAUUCACAGACCCCAAAUUCCACCGAAUGUAAUGAUCUUGUAUCUUGGUUUGUGUGGUCUGAUAGAGCUGCUCUCCCAUUGGCUAUCGCCAUAGCAUCUUCCUGCCAUCCCAUUGGCUAAGAGGAGCAUUUAUCUUUACCCGUGAUACACAUCAUACACCUUAUUUGUGAGGGGCAAAUUGGCAAAUGUGCACUAAUCCUGCGCUUGCUUGUGCACAAAUCUUGCACAAAAAUCUCUACGCCAGCAAUCGUGUUCUCCCACAGAUCCACUGUCCACGAAAAUAUGACCCUAAAUGUCUACAAGACAUCUGAUCAUCAGUUUAACCCAAGAACAAUGACUUCUGUAGUCGUAAUAAUGCUGUAGAUGGCACAUGCAGUAGUGUAGCAGUGGUUUUGCACUUCAGUAUUGUAUGGAGUAGCUUCAAAGUGUGGAUUUGUUGGAAAAGAACGUGUUGUCAUGUAAUGGUUACAUGGAGAAUAUGAAAUAAAGACUUUGGAAUGUGA